AUGCUGCUCUUCGUUGCGCUUCUCGCAGGCCUACUCGCGCUCACGAAUGCCUCACCCAUCGGGCGACCUCGAGACGAGCAACAAGUAUGCAACGGCAGCGCCGACGUCUGCUCCCGCAAGUACUCGGACAUGUCUUUCAUCGGCACGCACAACUCGGCUUUCGUUGGCGACAUCGACGACUUGAGGGUGAACCAACGUCUGUCCGUGACUGAGCAACUCGACGCCGGCGUUCGCUUCCUCCAAGCUCAAAUGCACAGAGAUGACUUUGGAAGGUUGUCAAUGUGCCACACGAGCUGCUGGCUCUUCUACGCAGGCAGCCUGGAAGACUACCUCAAGACCAUCAAAACUUGGCUCGCCAGCCACUCAGACGCAGUGGUGACCCUCCUGCUCACGAACGGCGACUCCGUCUCCGCCAGCGAUAUCGGGGACGUCGUCAAAAGCACUGGGCUGAAAGACUACGCCUUCGUUCCCUCAUCCUCUCCCAAACGGCUCGCGAUGUCCGACUGGCCUACCCUCGGGGACAUGGUCUCCAACGACUCCCGCUUCGUCAUGUUUCUCGACUACGGCGCCGACGAAUCGAGCACCCCGUUCAUCCUCGACGAGUUCCACUACUUCUUCGAAACACCCUACGACGUCACUGAUCCCUCCUUCAGCCAGUGCAGCAUCGACCGGCCACCGAACGCUAAGCCGGACGAUCGCAUGUACAUCGUCAAUCACUUUCUGGACAAGGAGGUGUUCGGGUCGGACGACGUGUUGGUGCCGGAUACAGAUGCAAACUUCGAGACUAAUGCCGCGACUGGGCCGGGCAGUAUUGGGGCGCAGGUUGGGAGGUGCGAGGAGAAGCAUGGGAGGACGCCGAAUGUGGUGUUGUUGGAUAUGUUUGAUCGGGGGAAUUGGAUGGAUGCGCAGGUGGCGAUGAAUGCUUCGUGA